CUGUUUCAUAAGCAGGAUUCUAGAGCUUGUUUUUGCAUAUAUCACAAGCCUCAAACAUACUGGAAAAUACCAGGGCAGUGACGUCACAAUGUGCGGCCAAUGAAAUAUUGGCAACCUCGGCCCCGAUCCAAAAUGGAGUCCGCUCUAUUCUAUUCAUUGAAGAACACUGGACUGAUCACUUUUCCCCACCUGAAGGACAGCAUGACCUGGCCGUGGGGUGAAAGUAGACUACUGUUUCCCUUCAUGCGGGGAUCAUUUUUCAUGUGGCCAUUCAAACCUUUCUAAAGAAGAUUUCAGCCUCUACUCAAUUAACAUCUGUCCUUAGGUUUGACAGGAGUGACAGCAAGAUAUUGGCAAGUUCAUAGAUCACUAAAACUGAGUUUGAGUAAUGCUUGAGUUUACUAGUAACUCAAGGAAAGUUAAGGAAAAAUGCAAAUUGAACAUCUUGACUUCCAGAAGACUGUUAUGUUGUGUGACUUAUUCGUAAGCAAAAUACAGAAAAACAGUGAGAAUUCAAUUAGGGAACAGUAUUUGUAUCAAAUCACUUCACGCAUUAAACACCUGAUGUUCUAUCUAUAAUGUUACCAUGCUAUUGCAAUAAUGACUGUGUGUAUAGAAUAUGUAUUAGCUUGCUGCCAGGGUUAAAUACCACAUGCCUAACUUUAAAAAUAGCUCAUUAUCUCAGCGCUAGAAGAGACCAUCUAUCAAGAUACAAAUUAGCAGUCUCUAUUAAGCUCUAAAUAUAGUAAGUUAUUCUUACAAAAUCUGUCAGCCAGUGAUUUAAACUCCCUCCUACAUGAUAAAAGAUGUAGAAUCUUAGACAGUAGAUAUUGUAGCCUACAUGCGAUCCAUUGCUGAGAAGAGAAAUUAUUAAUAAUUUUACACAGCAGUGAACCUAUUGGGAGUAUACGUAUUGAAGAUGACUCUUGCACUGUCAAAUUAAAUCUGACAGGAAAUGAAACCCUGAAAUAAAAGACUGUCUUGGUACAAAAGGCAAAGUAAAAAAAAAAAAAAAGAUAUAAUCACAUUUUAGAGGAGUCAUUUCAUUUAAUAGCAAUGUGGGCAGACAUGAUAUGGUUUCAUAUGUGCUAGAAUCGUGAUUUCCAAUGCAAGCCUGUGGGCCCACAGAUAGAGACUUUUGAUUAUCAUACCAUAAAAAAUGAAUCCAUUUAGUAAAUGUUGUAUCAGCUAGUAUUUUAAGUUUUAUUCCUUAAUUAUUUUUUCAGCAGAUUUAGUUUUUUUCUCCUAAUUUUCCAGGUCAUGUUUCUAAGCCUGUCGUGCCGCAGCCUUAUUUGGGAGAGCAUGCAGACCAGCAUGUGCAUCCUACAACCCAGGUUCAGCCAGUCAUAUCUUCCGUUGACUUGGCAGUCUCUGAGCUGAGCUGUGCAGCCACUGCGCCCGAUGACUGCAGUUCCUGCGCAGUGUAUAUGAGGUCUGGCUGGCCAUAGGAGGUGCUCUUGUACUGCUCACUUCUUGUUACAAUACACAUCACGGCCGUUUAGAAUUUUGAGUCCUAAAUGACUCCUACAAGAAGAAUAGGAAAAAAUCACCAGCCCUUACAAACCUAAAAUAAGAAAGGCCCAUGAACACACCCCCAUCCUUUAGUACUUCUAUUUCUACACAUUCCAAUUUUGUCUAUUUGCUUCCGACAUGAAUUAUCCUACACGCAGCACACCACACAUGCAUACUAUUAAGUACACUUUCUGAUUAAUAGUUUUGUAAUGAUUAACCACACGCUAAACUUUUAACUUGUGCUGCAUACUUUGCAGUACUACUACACAUGUCUAUAUUAGUUAAGUUGAGGGAUUCACCAAAAAUCAUUGAAAUGUAUAAAAAACGACAAAUAUUACACUUCAAUUUCACGCAGAACCAUGUGGCAGCCAUUUUAUUGAAUUAGACUUCCUCAUCCACUGUGAUGAACUCCCAAGCUCCCCACACAGCUGGCGGGUGCUUGAUUGAGCGCCAUUUCUAAUUAUCAAGGAUAUCCCUCAUGCCCAAGCACCAUGUACAACAAGCUGAAAAUGAUCUGGAGCAAUUGCACGUUGUCAGGAAAUGAAACGGCUAAUGGCGGACCACGUCUCCAAUCAAAAUUCAACUGUGUCAUGAAAAAUAGCACUACUGUAGUACUUUGCAUAGCAAACACUGAUGUCAUAUUUAAAAAGAAGGAACAAUACAUUUCACAGGUAAAUAACAGGACAAUCCUAAUUUAGAUUUAGAUUGAUGUAAUGUUUCACUGAUUUUAUUGCUUCUAAAGAGUAUUAAUAGAGUACUCUAUUAUUACUCAACAUAGUGCCUCCAAUGGGCACUGCAGUCUCUGUGGGCAUCAGUAGUGAGAUAAGCCACUGGCUGCAACUCAAAGUGGUGAAUGUUCUCAUUUUGUUACAGAUUUCUCUGCAUUAAAAGGGCCUUGUGCAACUGAAAGAUGCUUUGGGUAUGGCUCACAUACUAUAUAUUCAGAGCAUCUGAAGUUUAAUGGGUACAGAAGAUGGCUGUAGUUACUGAUACUGUAGAAUAGGCUACAUGGCCAUCUGUUUCAUUACAUGUGUUUCUCAGCUGAUACACAAUGAAGCUGUCGACACAGUUAUACACUUUUUAACACCCUGUGGGUGUAUUUUCCAUUACGCAUAACGGUUUUUGUACGAGGUUACCUCAGAAAUCUUGCUUUGAAUUUGUGAGUUCACGUGAAGACAGCCAUCAAUAUUGCCUUGCGCAAGUUGUUUUCUUGUGCGCAUGAUCUGAGCAAAAGGCGAGGGAAAGCCUUGCCAUGGGUUUUCAAGCGAGGUAGUCAUAGCAGCCUACGACACGAACGAAACGAAUGCAUUCUCGUCCAUGCGAAGGGAGAAAAAGCAUUAAAUAUCAAUAAAAAAAUUAGGUCCUAUGUACCCGGGAGUCGGUGCUUUAAACUGAAGAGCAACAAAAAGAUUACUGAUCAAGUUUGAACAUAGCAAUGCGGGAUGCUUGGGAUUGUCGAAUUCAGAACGCUGGACAGCUCCGUCAGAACGCUGGAAGUCUUGUAGGAGUUAAAUUUCCCGACGAGGAAUGAAUUGUUGAGGAUGUGUGACAGUGGAUCAAGCAGGGGAUAAUGCACAGAUAUCGACAAACGCCAGUAAUCAGCUGGUGACAUUUUGGAUUGAGAAAUGGACUUGGCGGAAAUCCUCUUGGCGUUGUUUAUCGGUGUGAUCGCGAUUGUCUCUUUAUUAUCGAACUUACUGGUGCUGCUAUGUUUUGUCUACAGCACCGACAUCCGCAGGCAAGUUCCGGGAAUAUUUACCAUGAACUUGUCUCUCUGCAAUAUACUUAUUACCAUUUUAAACAUGCCAUCGACGUUGCUGGGGAUUAUUAAAAACCAACAGCCUUUUGGAGAUUGCGUAUGUCACACUGUAAGCUUUCUGGAGACUUUUUUGACUGCAAACACAAUGCUGAGCAUGGCAGCUCUGAGCAUAGACAGGUGGAUCGCUGUAGUCUUUCCGCUGAGUUACUCCAACAAAAUGAGAUACAAGGACGCGGUAAUCAUGGUGUGUUAUUCGUGGCUUCAUUCCCUCACUUUUUCGUUAACCUCUCUGCUUUUAUCCUGGGUCGACUACAGCCACAUAUACGCGUCCUGCACCUUACAUUUGAACGAGGAGAGCGAAAGGACAAAGUUUACAGUAUUCACCGUCGUGUUCCACGCAACGAGUUUCAUGCUCUCCCUCCUGAUAUUAUGCUUUACUUACUUAAAGGUUUUAAAAGUAGCGCGAUUUCACUGCAAGAGGAUUGACAUAAUAACCAUGCAGACCCUUUUCUUGCUGGUAGAUAUUCACCCCAGUGUUAAGCAACGCUGUCUCGCGGAACAGAAAAGGAGGAAACAACGGGCUACCAAGAAAAUAAGCAUUUUUAUUGGAUCGUUUAUUUUCUGUUUUGCCCCUUAUGUUAUCACGAGGCUGACCGAACUCCUUCCGCACGUGGGGAUUAACCGCCAUUGGGGCAUCGUGAGCAAGUGCCUGACGUACAGCAAGGCAGCCUCCGACCCCUUCGCGUACUCCCUCCUGCGGCAGCAGUACAAGAAAGCGCUGAUUAGCAUCGCCAACAGGCUGCUGAAGAGGGAUCUUUAUCCCUCCUCUGGGCCCAACAGUUCCUUAGACACGGAGAACGACUACAGCCUACAAAGAGUGAGCUAGCGUGAUGCGCGCGGGCAGCACCGCUGGAGACAGUAAUCAACACCUGGGAUUAUAGCAGAGUCGUGUCCUUUCAGAGAUCACCAUUCAAAGCCCGUACAAAUAAAUUAUUGACCGAGCUAAACAUCUGUGACUCAGACCAUGCCAAAUUGAGGAACUGGAUCACGCGGAAGGAUGCUGUGGCUGAGGAAUUUUCUGACAAGUUACAAAAACAAGAGCGCAUCUACUGGCAAGCUCAUUAUUUCCUUGCAAAAUCAAAAACAUCCCGUAAACCAAUAGCUGAGAUAUAUUAGCAACUGAAUAUCUGCUGUAUAUCGCUUAUAAAGCUACUUUUAUAUGACCGACUUCAUUUUCCGACUUUGCGCCACUAGCGCUACAUGGUGGUCCUCCAGAACUGAGGGCUGAUAUUACCAUAGAAAUAAUAAAACUACUGGAGCUGGUCCCUGGCCUAAGGUCAUGUAUUUUGCACGCGAGGGAGACGCGAUAAGGGCAUCAAGACGAUUUCUUUAAGUGGAACUAUGUUCUUAGCUCUACAUGGGGCUACACACAACUGAGAAGCACAUCUGGAACAAUUCCUUUUAGCUUAGUACGCUCAAUGUGGACAUCGUAGAGCUACUUUGCUCACAAUUCUAAUGUAGUCACUGGAUAUUAAUGCACUUUGUUGUUGUUUCAGAGCUAUCAGUUACAAGAAAAAUGCCAAAGGCAGAACAUCACUUUUUUAAAAAAAAUAGAGUAUGACCUUAAAGCUUAUGUUAUGUACCUGAAUGUACUGCCAGAUUCUUUUAACUGAAAUGUAUUUGUACUAUUUAAUUUUGCCUAAAAAGUGAAAUAUUUAUAAAACUUUAUAUUUAUAUAUAACAGUUAGGCUACCUAUUUUGCACUGUCCAAUAAAUAUGGUGUGUAUUUGUUAGACUGUACUUUUAUUCAGUAGAGAGAGAAGAAAUAAUCCAUUUUGGAGCAAAUAUUUUAAUGUUCAAGUAUUUUCAACUACAGUAUAUUGUGAUUGUGCCAGGUUUUAUUGAUAAAGUAUUUGAUAUAUGGGCUUAUUAUGCCUUGAAUUUCAAAUUGUUUUGAAGUGUACCUUCAUCAUGGAUUAUUCUGAAAAAUAAUGUCUGUGCUUUUGUGCGUGAGUGAAAUAAUUUGUGAAAUUAGUGCAAUAAAUUUGAGGAAAAUUUG